GCACAACACUGGGAGCAGAGCACAAGGUAACAGAUUGGAAAAAAAGCAGCAAUCUUCUGAUUUAUUUCUCAGCGCAUGGAGAUACUGAAAAUUCAAGUGUCUUGUGCGUCAUGGCUUUACAAGAAAGUGAACAGACAUCAGGGACAUCCUCGCAAACAGAGAAAUCAGCCAAGGGAAUAUGUUAAUUGAAGGAAAGCAAAAAGUGCUGGCAAUGCACAACAUGCAAAUCACCAUCCACAAGAGGAAAACAGCUUAAUGUUUAGAGUGUCUUCCUUCAUCAGAACUGUUCCAGCUCUGUGGUAUGCAAAGAAAGGAAUGAUGGACCUAAAUUCAACUGUGAAUAUUUAACACCGUAAAAUGAUGGAGCUGGAAGCCAUUCAGCUGGAAAGAGCACACGUCCACAACGUGUACGAGCAAACAGCACCGUACUUCACGGAGCUGCGGAGCAAAGCUUGGCCUCGUGUCCGUCAGUUUCUUUUGGACCAAGGACCAGGCAGUCUCAUUGCUGACAUCGGCUGUGGGAUUGGAAAAUAUCUAACUGUGAACACCCAAGCCUACACACUGGGCAGUGAUUACUGCAGCACCUUGUUAGAGAUUGCCAAGAGACACGGACAUGAAGUCAUGGUGUGCGACAACUUAAUGCUUCCCUUCAGGGAUCAGUGCUUUAAUGCUGUCGUCUCCAUUGGAGUGAUUCACCAUUUCUCAACCAAAGAAAGACGUAUCAGAGCAAUAAGUGAAAUGGCCAGAACACUGCGACCUGGUGGACAAAUUAUGAUUUAUGUGUGGGCAAUGGAACAAAAGCAACGGCGCUUUGAGAAGCAGGACAUAUUUGUGCCAUGGAAUAAAUCCUUGUGCUCUAGACCCCCGUCAGAAUCUGGCCAAAGCAACAGCAACAACAAAAGCGUCAUUGGAAGCACAGUCAAAGCACAAGAGCUGAAGAGAGCAGCUCAGAGUGAGAGCAGCGCAGUGUGGGCUCCCAGCCAGGAUGGCUCAUACACUACAGACAAUUACGACCCAUUUGGGAGCUGCUGCCUCCAAAUGUCCCACCAGCAGGAACAUCGAUUUUACAAACAUCUAGGACGGUCACUCCGUUCCUGGUUCUUCUCCAAAUCUCUGGAUGAGGCUACAAUGAGGUCCCAUAUCGAGCAGCUCAAGUCCAGGAGGAACCUGCCAGAUCCAAUACACACAUGGACAACCCACCCAGUGUCCAUGCAGCCCCAAGGCAACUUGCGGAUAUCAUCCCUUCAUUGCAGUCUGGAGACAGUCUGCCCCCAGCUGUUGAAGGGACACAGCUUUGAAGACGACGAAGUCUUUGUUGAAAAUUUAAAGCACGAUGGAGCAGAGUGGCCAGAGCACAGUCACCAGAGAAGUCACCGGGUUGAGAGUUACACAAAUGGUGGGCUAGAUACUUCUCAGGGUCAUUGUGUAGAAGGCAGACAGAUACUUCAGAAGGACAAGGAAACAGAAAGUUCCCAGGGUGGUGAAGCUCAGCUUCUCAAAAGGACUUUGCCAUCAGACACAAUAGCCAACUGUGGAGCUGUGGCCUUGGAGGAUAAGCAGGUAGAAAAUGCAGACGACACAGAUUUUAUGAGGUAUUAUCAUGUUUUCAGGGAAGGAGAGUUGUCUCAGCUAAUUGAGGAGAAUGUAUCUGAACUUCACAUUCUCAGCUCCUGCUAUGAUCACGGCAAUUGGUGUGUUAUAGCAGAAAAAGAGUCAUAAAAUGCAGAGGUUAUUAACUGAAGUGCGCAUUUCAUAUGGAAGUAAUGGGAGCAGCCCCUCAAACCGUUACAUUUUACCUGCACAUUAAAACAAAACAAUUUGCAAUCGCAAUUGUUGUGCCAAUGUUAAGCACAAUAUCGAAUGCCGAAGUGCUCAAAUCUGUGUUAUUCAGCAAUGGAAAGCAGAGGUUAUGCGAUGAAUAUUUUGGAGACAAUUGCAAUCAUUUACAUAAGAACAUAAGAAAUGCUAGAUGAAAAAA